AAAUUUGCGUGAUUUUCGUCUUUCAUUUGUGCAUCACAGUACUUGCAGAAGUGAUGUAGCAUCCAUAAUUUGGAUUUGGAAUAAUUAUAAAUCCCAUGAGUGUGUUUUUGUUUUAUUGACGGUAGAUUUUCCCAUACACUAAUCUGCAUAAAAGACAUUCGUUCUGUUUAUUCCAAUGUCAAUUAUUCAGCAAUGCAUUUAUAGCUAUGUUGGAAUCCAUUUUUAUUUACAGUGUGGCCAAUAUCUGUUACAAAAGUUUGAAAUAUAAAAUUUGACAAGCGAUUGUGAUGAUAACUUUUAUGUAUUGUAUUAAUUACGUUUUCCUCCUUUCCCGUUCAUAUAUUAUUUGUGGAUGGGGUUAGAAGUAUGGAGCAACUAUUUUUCUCGGCAAGCAAGCUUACUUUGUGAUGUGUUGAGAAUGUCGAGUAGCGUCUUGGAAAGUAGAAAUGCAGUAGGAAUACAGAGGGGAAAGAUGUUAAUUACAGAUAUUGAAAGUUUGAAGAAGACGGAAAUAAAUCGGCGCCGAAGAUUACGACUAGAACAGGUCCGUCAACAGUCUAAGGAUGUAGCAAAUCAGAUACGUCAGAGAGUCAGAGGUGAACAAGAUAAACAGAGGAGUUCAUUUGAACAACAACAAAAUGCAGACAUAAAGAGAUUGCAAACUCACAAGCUGUUAUUUCUGCAGCAGCAAUAUCAAGACUGUCUUGAUGAAGUAGGAUUGGGUCACAUGCAAGCAGCUUUACAGCCAGAUGCAGCUGCAGUUCUGGAAGCUGAAAAUCAGAGAAAUCAGGCACAAGCAGAGGACAGAGGACGGGAAGCAAAUCUAAAACUUAGACUGGAGCUGGCAAACACUGAGAAGAGUAGGAACGCUUCAAGAAAGCAACACAAGUUUGCCCGAACAGUUGAGGACUUGAGGUCUGCAGUGGUAGCGUCACUGGGGAAGAACUCACCCAAGAAAAGGCAGUUGAAAAAUAGUCAGCCGCUGAGAGACGCUAUGCGCAGUGCACACUGCACCUGUGGCUCCUUGCAGUGCACCUGUAGUCGCCCACAGACAGAGAUGGCAAGAACGGAACGGAUUCCACCUGCCUCUGCACACGGUUCAUCGAAGUGUGGAGAGGACACUGACAUUACAAGUUCAGAUACGUCUGAUGCUUCAUCUGAGAAAAGCUGUACAGAUGUAUCAAGAGUCAAGGGCGAUCUUGCCUCAUCCACAAAGGUGGAGCAAUCCACGGUGCAGUUUUAUGAUCAUGGAAACAGAUUUGCAAAUAGUUACCCGUGUGAAGCCAGAGUUGAGCGUGUAGUCCCACAUGUGCAUGAGCUGGAUGCCAUCAAGGCAGCUGAACUUCUGUGUGAAUCUAUGCCUGUGAGCAGCAAUAUAAGCCAUCACAGACAAGCUAGGGGCCAGCAAGCGCUUGUUAGGGAACGACUGCAUCGUGACUACCGACAACUGCUAGGUGACUUGCAUGCACUGGCCCGAGAGGAGAGGCUGAUUCGGAGCACUCGUGAACACGGUCUUCCAACAGAGAUAUUUCGAGACGAUUACCGGCGUAAAGAGCUGUGUACAAAGCAACAGAGGAACAUGGACUUAGCAUUUGAGCGUAUAUACAAUGGUAUUCAGCAAGACUCUUCCUUUGGACCAUCAUCUCGAGCAGAGACAGUCAGUCGACACCGCUGGGAGGCAGCAGAACAAGACAGUCCAGUGAGACUGAAUGUUGCUGACUGCCAACUAAGACAGAAUGGUGUUUCACCCUUGAACAGUAUCAGUUCAGUGGCACCCAGCAGGGACUCGGUUGACAUACACCCCACUGCAGGCAAGGCUGCGAAUUCUGAGAAGAAAACUUACACAUUAGAAGACUUGGUAGAACAGGUUAAUAUUCAGCAUUCCCUGCUUAUGGAUGAGAAGAAUGUGCCACAAGAAUGGCUUCCAGUUCCUGAGAACCACAUGAUGAGCUCUGAUCAGUCUUCUGAUAAUGGAAGCUCCAGUAUGGCAUUGUUAUCGGUACAUGAAGAUGAACCCGAAGUUCUUGCCGAACAAAAGAAAAGUUCUGUCGAUUAUGAAAAACAUAGUGAACGUGAAAUAGAGGAACGUAGGUCAUUGGAUUAUGACGAAGGAAGAGAGAAUGAAGUGACGUCAAGUGGCAGGAGAGAGACUGUUGAUCAUGAGGAGGAGGAAACAAGUCAUUUGCAAGUGGAAUUUGGAAAACAUGGUGUUCAUACGGAAAGCAGGGAAAGUGAUGCAAUAAGUACAAGGACAAGUAAAAAGUGGAAUGGAAGACAUAGUAAAGGAAAGACUGAAAAUGAAAAUGAUAAAAGGGAGAAUCUGGUUGCUGAAGUGGAUAAGGGUGUCAGGAGAGGUGACACUGAGGUGGUAAGAGACAAUGAUUCUGUAACAGUUCUCAGCGAAUACAGUUUUGAUGUAUCAGUUUGUGAGACCAGGGAACACAGUGUAGAAUCAAGCCUGGGCAGCAGUACGUCAUCGUCUUAUGAGGGAGUGAAGAUAGUGGUGAGCGUCUCUGAACAGACCGAAAAAAAAUACAAGUCAGGUUCUUCUCCAGAAAAGACUGAGGUAAUUUGUUGUAAGAGUUCAGCACAAAAAGAGAAGAGGUAUGAUGCACUUGGCCAGAAGAUUUGCAGGCAGAAACACAGGCGAACAGGUAGAGGCAGUAGAGAUGUCAAGGAGAAGGCAACAAUGACAACAGAGAGUGAACUGAAAGAGCCAAGCAAAAGGGAGCCAGGUGUGGUGGCUGGAAAGGGUGAGACUGAGAGAAUUAAAGAUAAAGACAGAACAGAGAUGUGGCAUCAUGUGACGAACAGAACUGUUAUUUCAGACAAGGACAUGUCAGAGGACAGUACUUCGUACAUGAGUCCACCAGAUCAUUUGGUUCCUUCCCACAUUCAAUAUCUUGGAAAACUACUUGCAGCUGUGCAUGAAUGUCAGAAGAAAGGAGAUCCUGAUAUACAUGAAAUUAACCCUCAGUUAGCACUUUACAUAUCGCGACUCCUUGCGAUGAGCAGGGAGAGUGUCGAGCGUCUUGGCGUGAGCACAAGUGAUGUGUCUACACCAGAUGUGGAAACAUCUACAGCAGGAGGUAUCUAUGCCAAGUCACCUUGUGCAGCGGCAGAACAUAGCACAAAAAGACAAAAAAAGGAAAGGAAAAUACAAGGAAACAGAUGCAUGCAAAUGUGAAGGCUGAAGAUGCCAUAAAAGAAAUGACAAAAGCUGUGACAGUGUCACAUUCAGAACAUGAAAGUGUAACCUGUACCAGACAGGCGGUUUCACAUUGUGGCACCCAGACACAGAGUACCUCAGUGCCCCUCAGAAUUACAAACGGAGAGUUGCCUGAUGAGCAUGUUUUAAGAAAGAGUUCAUUCUUGCAAGAACAGCUGCAUAGCUCAUGUACGUGUGAUGAAAAUUCAGGUGAUUUUGACAUAAAAACACCUUCAGUUCCCUCAGUUAUUGCAGACAUGAGUCAUGAUGAAUAUAAAACUGUGAAAUUUCCAGAAAUGUUUUCAGAUUAUUCAGACAAAUGCUCAGAAAGAAUUACAAAACUUACAAGGGCAAUAGAACAAAUUCGUGGAGUGAAAAGGAAGCUGAUGGAAGGCUCAGGGACUGGCACUAGUGCCAGUAGUAGUUGUAGUAGUAAUGAGGAUCAAGGGCUGGACUCAACAAAAUAUUUGAGUCCACCUGAAUCGUCUGUUGUGAUGACGCAUCUUUCAAGUAAAGACAACAAACGUAUCACUCCUUCGCAGAAGAUGGGGUUGUCUGAUGAAGAAAUGGCAGUUCCAAUUUCUGCCUGUGAUGUGGAUAGCACCGCUGCACAAUGUAGUUCCAGUAAACCAAGUGGUGGAAGCAAAGCCAGCAUGGAGCAGCAGCAGAAGCAGAAGCCCUCUCAAGGCAAGCGUCCACCCCCGUGCCUCUGGAGUCAAAAGUUGCAGAGUGGUGUAAACACACAACAAAUUAAAGAACUCUCAACAAUUAUCGAAGGAGAUUCAGCACAAUCUUCAUCAUACUUUUUGUCUUCUCACCUUACUAAGCAAGAUGAAAGUGUUCCCAGAGGAAAGUUAGAAAACGGUGCCAAUAAAGAUAGUGAGGUGUGGGAAAACAGAGACAUACCUGACAUUAUGACAGAGAUGUUGAGGAGGGGUCUUAUCACAAGCCCUC